GCCGAGCUGGGCUGCGGCUCGCGGCGCGGGUCCUGUUCGCCGAGCGCGAGGCGCGCACGGCCUCGCAGGCGCUCCGAGACUUUCUGAUACAAUGGCAACCCCACGAGGGAGGACAAAGAAAAGAUCAUCUUUUGAUCAUUCUCCAGAUAGUCUUCCUUUGAGAAGCUCCGGGAGGCAGGCAAAGAAGAAAGCAACAGAGACAGCAGAAGAGGAUGAAGAUGGUGGGUCAGAGAAGAAGUACAGGAAAUGUGAAAAGGCCGGCUGCACAGCAGCGUGUCCUGUGUGCUUUGCAAGUGCUUCUGAAAGAUGUGCAAAAAAUGGCUACACGUCCCGAUGGUAUCACCUCUCAUGUGGGGAACAUUUCUGUAAUGAAUGCUUUGACCAUUACUACAGAAGCCAUAAGGAUGGAUAUGACAAAUAUACUGCAUGGAAAAAAAUAUGGACUAGCAAUGGCAAAACAGAACCUAGCCCCAAAGCUUUCAUGGCCGAUCAGCAACUCCCCUACUGGGUUCAGUGUACAAAACCUGAGUGUAGAAAAUGGAGGCAACUUACCAAGGAAAUCCAGCUUACACCACAGAUAGCGAAGACUUACCGAUGUGGUAUGAAGCCAAAUACUGCUGUCAAGCCAGAGGCCUCAGACCAUUGUUCCCUUCCUGAGGAUCUAAGAGUGUCGGAAGUCUCCAACCAUUGGUGGUACUCCAUGCUCAUCCUACCUCCUUUGCUGAAAGACAGCGUGGCAGCACCCCUGCUUUCUGCCUACUACCCUGACUGCGUUGGCAUGAGCCCCUCCUGUACCAGCACCAACCGUGCCGCCGCUGCCACCAGCCCUGGGAAGCUGGAGCACGCCAAGGUGGCCCCCUCUGCACUUGUUCCAGGCAUGAACCGGUACUUCCAGCCUUUCUACCAGCCCAAUGAAUGUGGCAAAGCCCUGUGUGUGCGGCCAGAUGUGAUGGAACUAGACGAGCUCUAUGAGUUUCCAGAGUAUUCCCGAGACCCCACCAUGUACCUGGCUUUGAGAAACCUCAUCCUUGCGCUGUGGUACACGAACUGUAAAGAAGCUCUUACUCCUCAGAAAUGCAUCCCUCACAUCAUUGUCCGGGGUCUCGUGCGCAUCCGAUGCGUUCAGGAAGUGGAAAGGAUACUUUAUUUUAUGACGAGAAAAGGUCUCAUCAACACAGGCGUUCUCAGCGUGGGAGCCGACCAGUGUCUUCUUCCUAAAGACUACCACAGUAAAUCUGUCAUCAUAAUCGGGGCUGGUCCAGCAGGAUUAGCAGCUGCUAGGCAACUGCAUAACUUUGGAAUUAAGGUGACUGUCCUGGAAGCCAAAGACAGAAUUGGAGGCCGAGUGUGGGAUGAUAAAUCUUUCCAAGGUAUCACAGUGGGAAGAGGACCCCAGAUUGUCAAUGGCUGUAUCAACAACCCAGUAGCACUAAUGUGUGAGCAACUUGGCAUCAGCAUGCAUAAAUUUGGAGAAAGAUGUGACUUAAUUCAGGAAGGUGGAAGAAUAACUGACCCCACUAUUGACAAGCGCAUGGAUUUUCAUUUUAAUGCUCUCUUGGAUGUUGUCUCUGAGUGGAGGAAGGAUAAGACUCAGCUCCAAGAUGUCCCUUUAGGAGAAAAGAUAGAGGAGAUCUACAAAGCUUUCAUUCAGGAAUCGGGCAUCCAGUUCAGUGAGCUGGAAGGACAGGUGCUUCAGUUCCACCUCAGCAACCUGGAGUACGCCUGUGGCAGCAACCUCCAUCAGGUGUCUGCUCGCUCCUGGGACCACAAUGAAUUCUUUGCCCAGUUUGCUGGUGACCACACCCUGCUAACACCUGGCUACUCCGUAAUCAUUGAAAAGUUGGCUGAAGGGCUAGAUAUACGGCUCAGAUCUCCAGUGCAGAGCAUUGAUUACACUGGAGAGGAAGUGCAAGUCACAACUACUGAUGGCACCGGGUUUUCUGCACAGAAGGUAUUAGUCACUGUACCGCUGGCCAUACUACAGAAAGGUGCCAUCCAGUUUAAUCCGCCAUUGUCAGAGAAGAAGAUGAAGGCCAUCAACAGCUUAGGCGCAGGCAUCAUUGAAAAGAUUGCCUUGCAGUUCCCUUACAGAUUCUGGGACAGUAAAGUACAAGGGGCUGACUUUUUUGGGCACGUCCCUCCUAGUGCCAGCCAGCGGGGGCUUUUUGCUGUGUUCUACGACAUGGAUCCCCAGAAGCAGCAGAGCGUGCUCAUGUCCGUGAUCGCAGGGGAGGCGGUGGCGUCCCUGAGGACCCUGGAGGACAAGCAGGUGCUGCAGCAGUGCAUGGCCACCCUCCGGGAGCUGUUCAAGGAGCAGGAGGUCCCAGAUCCCAUAAAGUAUUUUGUCACCCGGUGGAGCACAGAGCCGUGGAUACACAUGGCGUAUAGCUUUGUGAAGACAUGUGGAAGUGGCGAGGCCUAUGACAUCAUUGCUGAAGAAAUACAAGGAACCAUCUUUUUUGCUGGUGAGGCAACAAACCGGCAUUUCCCACAAACUGUUACAGGGGCAUAUUUGAGUGGUGUUCGAGAAGCAAGCAAGAUUGCAGCAUUUUAAAUAGAAUUUCUCUGGACCCAACCUUCUAUACCACAAAUGGUAAAGUUUGAAACAUGUUAAACCUCAUUUUCACAAGGGAGAAAAACUCUAGAGACCAAAAUUGCAAUGUUACUAAGGUGGUAAAGCACCAACCCCACAAUUCCUUAUAUGCACUUACAUUUAUUUGCAUAUUUCAAAAUUCUAACUCGUGCUGUAAGUCUUCUGGAUUUCAUUAUAAGGCAGAAUACCUUAAAUUGAGACCUUGGAAUGAUUCUUGCAUGGUUGGCUGAUUAGUUUUCAUACACUUAAGAAACCAAGUCCACCAAGCAGGAAUCAUUAACCAGAAAAAGCCAUGAGUUUUUCUUCUGUGAUUUAGCAUCUUUACCAUUGGGCCUUAAUAUUUUUAUAUAGCUCCACUUUUGAGCCUUUACUUAAAAAUUUAGAUAGAAUUUUUUUUUGAUACAGCACAAAUUUCCAGUCGAGGGUAAAACCAAUUUUCAAGGCUAUUUAUAAAUAUUGUACAUAUUGCUUCCCAUUAGAUGUUCUAAAGAAAUUUAAAUUCAGAUAUCUUUUGUGAUGAAAUCUUUUACUUUUGUGCACACAUUGGCAAAAUAGCAAGUUUUCCUGUCCCUUCAACAGAAGAGUUACAUUACUGGAAAAUGGGUAGUGUAGUCUUCAUACUUUUCUUACAGCCAAAUCUGAAUGGUAGCAACCUUUAAAUGCCCGAAUUUUUGGAAAUUAUUAACAAAACGAUCUUGCCACAGUAACGUAGUAACUCCUCCCCAGGUAUCUUUUUAAAAGCAGUUGAUUCAGUCUCUAGGAAUAUUUUUUACCUAAUUAUGUUUACAGUAUUCCAUAGGCAGGUCCAUUGGAAAACUAAAGAAAAAUGUGAGCUCUCCAGGUACAUUCUGCACAUUCUAUAAGCCAUAGCUUGAAAGCCUAAGAACAGGGCAAACUACUUCCACUCAUGACAAAACCAUUGGUUUCAGGGUCUUCAAAAUGCCUGUUCUCCCAGAAACUAAUUCAAUUUACAGGUUUUAAUUCUUUCAGAUGGGAGGAGGCAAGAAUGACUGUAGCCACUUUAAAAAAAAGUAGAAAAAGUAUCUUAGGCAAAGAAUGUGCAGUGAGUUUAGAGUUGACACACACCCUCCACCCAUGAUAUGACAAAAGCAAGCCAACAGCUGUAUAUUUCAAAGUCAACAUUGAUAUUUAGGCUGACUCACUGGUUUUGACUGGAAAGUAUUCUGCUUUGAUUUUAUGUACUACAAUGUUUAAACAGCAUGUGUUUAUGUUAAGUCCGAAGAGGCUCACAGUAAAUUAUUAGUUGCUGUGCUGCACUGCAAGCAGGGAGGAGUCCCACUGAAAGUAUGGUGAAUGUGUAGCUUCCUGCUUCCAGUCACGUGCUUCAUUUGACAUCUUGUUGUUAAGGAACUAUGGUACAUUUUCCUAAGUUACUCUGAAUGUUUCUCAGUGUUGUCUGAAGAUUUUGUAAUUGAACUGCAGAUCAUGAAUAGCUGGUUGUGUCAAACUGCUUAAUAAAAACUAGACUCGUUUUUUCAAACAUA